AUGCGCAAACAAUUCCAAUUACCAUAUUCACAUACUGAUGGAACAUAUACUGCAGCAGAAAAUGAAGCUCCUUCUGUGGCUCCAAAAUUCUUAUCUCGUGGACAUCUGUACAAGGUUAUUGUUGGGGAAACUAUUGAACUACCAUGUAAGGUCCAGAAUUUGGGCUCAUUUGUGCUUCUAUGGAGGAAAGGAUCGUCAGUCCUAACAGCUGGUCAUUUGAAAAUUAGCAGAGAUCCAAGAUUCAAAAUAGUUGGGGAUUAUAAUUUGCAAAUUAAUGGUGUGAAAACACAGGAUGCGGGAGACUACAUUUGUCAGCUUGGAGACCAGGAAAACCGAGAUCAAGUUCAUACAGUUGAAAUAUUAGUUCCACCAACACUACGUGCUCUCCCACAUAAUGGACAAGUAACUGCAAGAAAAGGUAGCACAGUAACAUUAGAAUGUAAAGCAUCAGGAAACCCUGUUCCAACGAUAUAUUGGUUUAAGAAGGAUAUGUUUUCUGGCCCAACACAUUUAUCGGACAGUUCGACACUAAUAUUGGAAAAUGUUGAUAGGCAUCAUGCUGGAAUUUAUCAAUGUUCUGCCGAUAAUGGAGUUAAAGAGAGGGUUUCAAUGGAUAUUCAAUUGACAAUUUUAUCUCCCCCAGAAAUCACUGUCGAAAAGUCUUGGGUUCAUGCUGCCGAAGGCUACGACAUAGAAUUAGUCUGUGUUGUUCACGGAGAUGUAAAUUCCGAGAUGCUUUGGUAUCAAAAUUCUUUCUUGCUAGACGCUACUGACAGGCGGUCAAUGUACUCACGAGACGACCGUUACAGUUUAAUCAUACGAAAUUUCCAGUCAUCUGAUUUUGGAAACUACAGUUGUGUAGCGGACAAUGCACUAGGAAGGACCAAAAAAUAUAUUGAAGUUUCAGGAAGACCUGGACCCGCUGAUUUCAUUUCUCCCGCAUUAAGUGGAUCGUUAGAUCAUUAUAACCUAACAUGGACUAUUGAGUCGAUUCCAACUCUUGAAGAAAUCAAGCUUUUAUAUAGACGACUUUUGAUGAAUGAAACCUAUCAACACCCUGGAAAAUGGCAUGAAUUUCAUAUUAAGCCUACAGCUGUCAGAACGGACAGCACACAUUACAUUAUGUCAUACGUUUUAAAGAAUCUGGAACACAACGCUGUAUAUGAAGCCAUUGUUCAAGCCAGAAAUAAAUAUGGAUGGAAUGAGAUCAGUGACAUACAUCAAUUUUACACUAGGAAUCAUGACUUGCUGCUUGAUUUGGAUAUGGAAUAUAAGAUGGGCAUUGCUGGUGGAGCAAGAAAUGAAAUAGAAAUUUCAUGUGCAAUUAUAUCAUUUUGUGUAUUUUUAAUUAGAACAGUUUAUAACUAA